UCUGUUGGCAAUUGACUUUAUUGCACGUGUUCACGUUCGCAAACAUUUUGAGUUCCAUUAAAUUUGAUUGGCCUUUUACAUCUGCGGAUAAUUAAGAAUUUUUUAAUUUAUCACAUGAAAUUAUUGCCAAAAUGCAGGUUUCCGCACCAAAUAAUGUAAAAAUUUAUAAUCUUAGCGCUGGAAAAUCUCUUCCUGAGUGGUUGUCUGAACGAAAACGAAGAAGUUUAUCAAAGAAAAAUGUCGAUAUACGACGACGUAUCGAACUGAUACAGGACUUUGACAUGCCUGGUGUGAGCACAUCUAUCCAGGUUUCUAAAGACAAACAAUAUAUUCUAGCAACAGGGAUUUACAAACCGCGAGUUAAGUGUUUUGAUGUCAAUAACUUGGCAUUAAAAUUUGAAAGGUGCUUUGAUUCUGAAGUAGUUACAUUUGAAAUAAUUUCAGAUGACUAUAGUAAAAUAAUAUUUCUGCAAUGUGAUCGCAACGUUGAAUUUCAUGCUGCUCAUGGAAAGUAUUAUAAACUGAGAGUACCAAAUUUCGGGAGGGAUCUGAAAUAUCACUAUCCAUCAUGUGAUGCUUUAAUUGUAGGUGAUAGCAAUAAGAUAUACAGAAUAAAUCUUGAACGUGGUCAAUUUUUGCAACCAUUCGAAACAGAAGCAACGUCGAUAAAUAAAUGUGAAAUAAAUCCAUUGCAUCACUUACUCACAGUUGGUACUCAGGAAGGAAGGAUUGAAGCUUGGGAUCCAAGAGUAAGAAACAGAGUGGGCUUACUUGAUUGUGCCUUGCAUUGUAUUACUCAAAACAACUUGCAAGUGGUUCCCGCGAUUACUGCUUUAAAAUUUCAAGGAGGGUUGAAUUUAGGAGUUGGUACAUCAACGGGACUCGUAUUAAUGUAUGAUAUAAGAUCUAAUAAACCGUUUUUAAUUAAAGAUCACAUGUACGGAUUGCCAAUUAAGUGCAUAGAUUUCCACGAAGAAAUGGGACUUGUUUAUUCCAUGGAUAGUUCUAUUGUGAAAAUAUGGGAAAAGGAUAGCGGUAAACUUUAUACUUCCAUAGAAGCUCAGCAUGAUUUCAAUGAUUUAUCUGUUAUACCGAAUACCGGUAUGCUUCUGAUGGCUAAUGAAACUACAAAAAUGCAAGUGUAUUACAUUCCCAGUCUCGGUCCUGCUCCUUAUUGGUGCAGCUUCCUUGAUAAUCUUACAGAAGAAUUAGAAGAACUGAAUUAUGACAUUAUAUACGAUGAUUACAAGUUUGUAACUGAGAAAGAAUUAGAUGAAUUAGGUCUUUCGCAUCUGAAGGGCUCUAAUCUACUCAGAGCUUAUAUGCAUGGGUAUUUUAUGGACAUCCGGUUAUAUAGAAAGGCAAGAGAUGUAAUGAAACCAUUCGAAUUCGAAGAAUACAAAAAAAGAAGAAUUCAUGAGAAGAUUAAAGAGGAAGCUGUCAGUAGAGUACAGGUACAGAAGUUGCCAAGCGUAAAUCAGGAAUUGGCGUUGAAAUUAAUGGAGAAUGCAAUUGUUAAUAAUAAGAAGAAACAAACGUCUUCUAAUCUGCUGAAAGAUGAGCGAUUUAAAGCUCUCUUCAGCAACCCAGAUUUUCAAGUUGAUAAAAAUUCUGAGGAAUAUGCUUUGUUAAAUCCUGUUAUUUCUCAACUUGCUAAAAGUAACGCUAAGAAAUUGAAACAGCAAUUGGUUCAAGAAGAAGAAGAAAAAAUUCGAGAGAAAUCUGAUGAAGAUAAAGGUAAUAGCUCGGACGAAAGCUUGCUUCACGACAAUUCUGACGAGGAUAGCUCAGAUGAUGAAAAAUCGUGGGUGAAAGAAGUGCGAAAAAAUUAUCGGUUAAUAAAGAAAAAUGAAAGAGAACAGGAACAGGAGAGUCAAACUGAGGAUAAUAAUUUGGCUGCAGAGAAUGAUUCAGAAAUGAAUGAAAUUAAAACUAAAGUGAAGUUCGAGGAAGGCGGACUGGAAAAAAAGAAACGGAACAAGGCAACGCUUGGUGAGAGAUUGGAAAGUGAAGAAGCGCAUAACGUUAAAAUAUUCGGCUCGCGUGGCAAAGGAACGCAAUGGAAUGAAGCACCGUAG